CCGGGCCGGGCAAGUUUGUUUCCGAGUUUGCAGCCCGGAGUCGUCGCUCGCCGGCGCGCAGGGCCCCUCCGCCUCGCUCGGGAUGGAGCUGCCCACCGUGAACCUGAAGGCGAUCCUCUUGCUUCACUGGCUGCUGACGACCUGGGGCUGCAUGGUGUUCUCCGGCCCCUAUGCCUGGGCCAACUUCACCGUCCUGGCCCUGGGCGUGUGGGCCAUCGCGCAGAGGGACUCCGUGGACGCCAUCAGCAUGUUUCUGGGUGGCUUGGCGGCCACCAUCUUCCUGGACAUCGUCCACAUCAGCAUCUUCUACCCACGGUCCAACCUCUCGGACACCGGGCGCUUCAGCGCUGGCAUGGCCAUCCUCAGCCUGCUGUUCAAGCCCUUCUCCUGCUGCCUCGUCUACCACAUGUACAGGGAGCGCGGGGGUGAGCUCCCGUCCCACACCGGUUUCUUCGGGCCCUCCCAGGAGCACAGUGCCUACCAGAGGAUUGACUCUCCAGAGGCACCCACAGACCCUUUUGCAGGACCGGAGGUCAAAGGCCACGUCCCCCAGGGAUACUGAAGCCGUCCUGCUUCCCCGGCUCCAGCCAGGGGCCAGCGUGACGAACUGUGAGGAGGCCCCAGCCACGAGCGUGCCUCGGCUAUGAUCCUAGGGGUGACCCUGACCCCCUCUCUCGGACCUGACACAGAAUGUGUCCAGUGCCCAUCUGAGGCUCGCCCCAUCACGCUGCUAUCCCAAGCCGCUCGAGGCCUGUCCUCCUUUCUGGGCAUCCUGCUGGCACCAGGCUGGGAGCCAGAGCCUUUUGCUGCUCUGCACUCCCAGCUGCUCUGUGCCGACCCCAGCUGAGUCACACCUGAGCCCAGCAAGGCGCGGCCUCUCGGGGCCACUGAUGCCCUGUACCCCAGGCCUCGCCCAGGAAGUUCGGGUCUUGGCCCUGGAAGUGAGGCCCCCAUGCCUCCUGGGGAAGCCUGGGGAUCCCCAGGCUGGAGGCGGGCAAUAGAGACAGCACAUGAGACCCACAGACCUCCCGUUGCCCCUCUGAGGGCACUGGCAUUAAAGCAUGGGGACUGGG